UGGGUUCUGCUAUUGUUUAUCUCUGUUACAGAUCUCAAUCAAGUGAGCUAAGCACUCGGUGUUUAAACUUCUGGUUAUAAAUUUAUUAAAGCCUUUGCUCAAUUAGGUUAGGUAGAUGACUUCAGAUAUGGAACCGGGUCAGAUUAAUGGCGCACCUAGGAGACCUCGUAUUCUGCUGGCAGCAAGUGGAAGUGUGGCUGCAAUUAAGUUUGCAAAUCUAUGUCGUUGUUUUUCUGAAUGGGCAGAAGUUAAAGCAGUUGCAACAAAACCUUCUCUUCAUUUCAUAGACAAAGCUUCACUUCCGGAAGAUGUCAUUCUAUAUACUGAUGAGGAGGAAUGGUCCACUUGGAAGAAAAUUGGUGAUAGUGUGCUACACAUUGAGCUCCGCAGGUGGGCUGAUAUUAUGGUUAUUGCCCCUUUGUCAGCAAACACACUUGGGAAGAUUGCAGGUGGACUAUGUGAUAACUUGUUAACCUGCAUCGUACGAGCAUGGGACUACAAUAAACCCCUUUUUGUGGCACCAGCCAUGAAUACAUUGAUGUGGAAUAAUCCAUUCACAGAACGACACCUUAUGGUAAUUGAUGAGCUUGGAAUCUCUCUCAUACCACCAGUUUCUAAAAGACUAGCUUGUGGAGAUUAUGGAAACGGCGCUAUGGCUGAACCUUCUCUCAUCUACUCAACUGUAAGACUCUUCUAUGAGUCACGGUCACAAUCAGGUGGCAUCAACUUGGCUUGAUCCACGGAUCAUUAAAUUUAUUCGUCGGUUUGUACAAGUGGUAGAAAUUGUUGAAAUUCAGGACCUGGAACAGUGUUACUUAGCUCGCACUAGUUGUGUUUAUUUUUCUCCUAAAUUCUUCACCUCUUUA